AUGGAGGUACAUGAAGUCUCAAGCACAGAGCUGUGCGUGCCGAACUUUCGAGCAUACAAGGUGCUUGGAGACGAUAUGACCCUAGAAUCCAUCCGUCAACUGGCAUGGGAGCUUGACGACCUUGACGGACGUGAUUCGAUCCAAGACCCAGAGUGGCAGGCACUCUACAUGCAAUUCACGACCUCCCACGUGCUUGGAACAGUUCCAUACCGAUGGGAGUCGAGAGCCCGGACUUACACCCAUGCACAGCUUCUUGAGGUGGAGUUCGAUUCUCUGAAUGUCGUUGUACUCGACGGGCCCCUCCUUCAUGAUGGCGGCGUUUGUGCCGAGGAGAAAGCUGCAGCCGUGAGGGUUCACCUCAACAUGUGCAGUGAUCAGAAGGAGCUACUGAUGCACGAGCUGGGAAAGAGGGGAAAGGCCGCCCUGGUGCGAGAGACUGAAGAGGAGUGGGAGCUCUUAGUUCCACACAACCUCCUGUCUCAGCUUGGCUUCUCGGAAAGGGUCAUCGCACGUUGGCGCAGGCACCAGACACUGCCAGUGUCAAGCCAUUGGCAAGAUGCCGAGCAAGCCGGAACAGACCUUUGGAAGCCGUGGGAUGAUACUGUUGAGACCCCAUGUAUUCCCGACCUCGAUCUGUCAUGGCUAUAG